CCGUAUCAUCAACCCCCACAACAACAAUCAACGCGCCACGCGCCCCCAUCAACUCAUCUCAACCAACUCCAUCAACACUCAACAACCUUCAACAUGACCGGUCGUGGCAAAGGUGGAAAGGGUCUCGGCAAGGGUGGUGCCAAGCGUCACCGCAAGAUCUUGCGUGACAACAUCCAGGGUAUCACCAAGCCUGCCAUUCGCCGUCUCGCUCGUCGUGGUGGUGUCAAGCGUAUCUCAGCCAUGAUCUACGAGGAGACCCGUGGUGUCUUGAAGACCUUCCUCGAGAGCGUCAUCCGUGAUGCUGUCACCUACACUGAGCACGCCAAGCGCAAGACCGUCACCUCUCUCGACGUUGUCUACGCUCUCAAGCGCCAGGGCCGCACCCUCUACGGUUUCGGCGGUUAAAUAUCACUCUUGGCUUUCGGUCUCGGCUGUCCUCCAGUACUCUUGUCGGCUUGUAUUUAUGCUCGGUCGAGAACGUGCUGGCGUGUCU